UGAUUCCGCCCAGCGCUGGCACACACGUGGCUAUAACCCCGCCCCCGGAAGUACAGCCGUCGCCGCCAUGUCGCUGGAGUCCGUGCGGUACAGCCGCGGCUCUCUGCAGGUUCUGAACCAGCUGCUGCUGCCGCAGGAGAGCCGGUAUGAUCCGGUGACCGGGGUGCGGGAGGGGGCCGAGGCCAUCCGGACCAUGAAGGUCCGUGGAGCUCCAGCAAUUGCCAUUGUGGGGUCCCUUAGCUUGGCAGUCGAGUUGGCCUCCAGUCCCCCACAGCAGGUGUCUGACCUUCUCGCCUUUGUCCGGGAAUCGAUGGAUCACUUGGUCAGUGCCCGGCCAACCGCAGUCAACAUGAAGAGAGCGGCAGAUGAGCUGAAUGCAUUCUUGGCACAGAUGGCGGAACAGCCGGGAGCUACCAUCCAGGGGCUUACCGAAAGUGUGAUCCAGUGGGCCGAAAGCCUUCUGGAGAAGGAUGUCAAGGAUAAUCGCCUGAUCGGAGACCUAGGAGCGCAACACAUCCUUCAGACCACAAACGUCACAGGUGGGGUCUGUAUAAUGACCCACUGUAACACGGGGUCGCUGGCCACCGCUGGCUAUGGCACCGCUUUGGGUGUGGUGCGCUCCCUUCACGCCCUUGGCCGUCUAUCACAGGUUUUCUGCACAGAGACCCGACCCUAUAACCAGGGCUCCAGGCUCACCGCUUAUGAGUUAGUAUAUGAGAAGAUUCCAGCCACUCUUAUCACCGACAGCAUGGCGGCAGUCACCAUGAGAGAACGUCAGGUCAGCGCUGUUGUGGUGGGAGCCGACAGAGUGGUUGCUAACGGUGAUACUGCUAAUAAGGUUGGAACCUACCAGUUGGCCAUCACUGCCAAGUAUCAUGGAAUCCCGUUCUACGUGGCCGCACCUAGCACAUCAUGUGACCUUAGCCUGCCUACAGGAAGCAGCAUUGUGAUCGAGGAGAGGCCCAGUCACGAGUUGACCGACAUAAAUGGCGUCCGUGUGGCGGCUCCAGGCAUUCAGGUCUGGAACCCUGCUUUUGAUGUCACUCCUCAUGAGCUCAUCACUGGAAUAAUUACAGAGAAUGGAGUCUUCAAACCUGAAGAGCUGAAAGAUAGAUUGAGAAAAAAUCCUUAAAAUGCUGUGUUGUUCAGAGGUGUUGCAUAGUGCACCAAUGCAGUAAUCUAUGUCUAUAUAUGCAAAACGCCUUGUGCAUUUACUGUGAACCCCCCCUCCCAUCCUGCACACACUGUAUUGGGUUGUCCCCACAGCCUCCUCUACAUUUUUAUAAUAAAUUUGCAUGGAACUAUUCUGCUUCCACUCUAAA